GGCGGUAGUAAGACGAGCCCCAUACUUUUUGUUUGGAUCUGGGCAAUUAAAUCCCACCCUGUGUCCACAGCCUUUAUCCUUGUAUUUUCAUCGGGAGCGCAGCAAGCUGCCAUGGAGCAUGGACCAACACAACGAGGGCUGUCAGCGUCUCUUGUCACCCUACUGAACCGGACCUGGCUGCGGAGAGCGGGUUCCCAAUAGGAACAUUUGAGACUAAAGCCGGGCCCGCUCCUCCGCCUAGGCAGGUUGCUCUGUGGGCGGCCCCAGCUCUGCCUGAGGCUGAUUGGGUGCCAGGUGCGCCGGGGCUUUUCCCUUGCUGCUGCAGCAGCAUCUUUGCCCCGCGGGCGGAGCGCCCCCGCUAGCCCCAGCCUCAGUGCAUAACGAGGCAUGUGAUUGCUGCUGUUUGUUGCUACUGCUGCUGGGGGCGGGGGCGGGGGCGGCCGGGAGGAGGCGGGGGCCGCGGCGGCCUGGGUAUUUGCAUGGGCUGAAGGCAAAGCGUCUUCAUCGGUGACAGUCUGUUUUUAUUUUUAGCUGGCCGCUCAGCUCGCGUUGCAGGGAGGGAACGAGGCUGGCUCCCGGCGGGGCAGCAGGACGCGGACACCAGCAGAGAGGUUACCGCAGGCGAGCAGCAAUCAGCCAGGCUGCAAGCUGCCCCGAGGCAGGGAGCAGCGGCCUCUCGCUCCCCUAGUCAGAGGAUCUGCCUGGGGGGUCGCUCGGCUCUUCCGCGCGAGCCUCCUGCAGCGGAGGUACCGGCAAGGCUUUGCAAAUGGCCAGCCCUCGGCUAGAGCUGGAGGAAAUUCAGCCUCUGCAGCAGGACGCUGCCCGUCCUGAGCCAGCCGUCGCCGAGGCGCGGCACUGGAUCGAGCAAGUCACAGGCAGAAGUUUUGGUGACAAAGAUUUUCGGUCUGGAUUAGAAAAUGGUAUUCUGCUGUGUGAGUUGCUGAAUGCAAUAAAGCCUGGACUGGUAAAAAAGAUCAAUAGACUGUCGACCCCUAUUGCUGGGUUGGACAACACCAUCUUAUUCUUAAGAGGCUGCAAAGAGCUGGGGCUUAAAGAAUCUCAACUUUUUGACCCGGGUGACCUUCAGGACACAUCAAACAGAAUAACAGUCAAGAACAUUGAAAACAGUAGGAAGCUGAAAAAUGUCCUAGUUACCAUUUAUUGGCUGGGGAAAGCAGCAAACAGAUGCACUUCAUACAGUGGAGCAACACUGAACCUGAAGGAGUUUGAAGGAUUGCUGGCACAGAUGAGAAAGGAAACUGAAGAUAUUGAGAGCCCCAAACGCAACAUUCGUGACAGUGGUUAUAUUGAUUGUUGGGACUCUGAACGCAGCGAUUCCCUUUCCCCCCCUCGCCACGGCAGAGAUGAUUCCUUUGACAGUCUGGAUUCAUUUGGUUCCCGCUCACAGCAGACACCAUCUCCAGAUGUAGUGCUCAGAGGAAGCAGCGAUGGGAGAGGGAGUGACUCUGAGUCUGACUUGCCACACCGAAAGAUGCCAGAUGUGAAAAAAGAUGAUAUGUCUGCAAGGCGGACGUCGUAUGGCGAACCUAAAUCAGUUGUGCCUUUUAACCAGUAUCUCCCGAACAAGAGUAACCAGACUGCCUAUGUACCAGCUCCUCUUCGGAAAAAGAAAGCUGAACGAGAGGAGUACCGGAAGAGCUGGAGUACUGCUACUUCACCACUUGGAGGAGAGAAGCCUUUCAGCAAAAACCAUCCAGAAACCAUAGAAGAACAAAAUGAGGCACCAGGACAACAUGAAGAGGAGCAGGUGGGAUGCAUGGCUUCCAGGACAAACCCCAGGAAAAGUCAAGUAGAUUUGAAUCAAAACAAAGGAAAGACUAUAGGUCAGUUUCCUUCAGGUAGCGCCAAAGAAACUGCAGUGCACAAGUGCAAAGAGAAGGAUGCAGAGGAAAUCAGAAAGUUAAGAAGGCUUGAACAAGCUGGUAUUAAGGUCAUGCCAGCCGCACAACGCUAUGGCAGUCAAAAGCAAAUAUAUGAAGAUCGUGAACCUACCCCAGACAUCAUUCUUCACAAGGAGAAACCCUCUAUGAUGCAUUGUCAAGGGAAGGAUUCUGGAUCAGAAGAUGAAGCAGUGUGCAGAGUUCCUGAUCUAGAAAAGGAUGACUUUGCAGCCCGGAGAGCAAGACUGAAUCAGCCCAAACUUACAGUGUCAUUUAACCGGUUUUUAGUUGGGCCCUGUACAAAUAAAGAUAAAGGUAAACUGGAAGGUGUUAAGAAGCCAUUACAGAAGGAAAAACAGGAAUAUGCCAGAGCAAACCAGGUACAUAUGGCAUCAGCAAGGCAAAUUGUGACACGUAAAGAAAACCCAUUCCUGCAGUCUCAGGAUAACGAGUCGGAGGAGGAAGAGCAGGUGAAAGUGCCUGAUAUUCAAAGAGAUGACCUGGCUAAACGAAAGACUCAAAGUAACCUUACCCAGCAACAAGAGUCUCCAGUGUCUGUGAAAGCUUCUAUAACACAAGCAGAUUUGGAGACGUGGGACAAACUGAAAGUGUCCGAGCAGCUCAGUGAAGAAGACCUCAGAUGCGCCAAGGAUCCUGAACCAUCCUCUGAAAUUGCAGUGGAAGCAGCUGUUCAUGAUGAUUUUGCUAGCUGCAAAGCAAGAGCAUACAAAAAGGCUUCUAGCCCAAAGCAGAGGUUUGUGCACUUUGGGCCAGUGACUGAGAUUGAUCAACAGAAAUGGGAGAAGGUUAGUAUUGCCAGGGCCAUAUCCAACAGUGAAACCACAGAGGAGACUGGGAGGGAAAGAGCUGAGAGACAGAUUUGCCAUGAAACCUUUGCAUCCGCCACUGCCUGCAGCCUCACUACCAUUGAACAUAAUAAUGAAGUCUCCAGACCACAAAAUGAUUCCAGCAGCAGUUUUCCCUUGAAUUGCACAAUGGAACAACAUCAUGGAACAGUUUCACCUGUCUUCAUGGGCUGUAAUGUGACAAGGGACGAGAGCCAUGAGAAACUGAAAGACCAGAGUAGGGGUGGGACAGAACACCAAGUGAGACUUCCAGAUCCAAGAGAUGACAUGAUGGCAAGAAGAACUGGAGCUUUUCUGAAGCAGCCUGGACCGAGUGUUAAACAGUUUCUCCCAGUUCCUUUUUCAAAGCAGCAGAGUAGCCAGGAGAGAGCUAAGAAACUUGUAAAGCCUGAAAAGAAAAUGAAGAGCACUACCACCACUGGCUCAUUCAUCACUGAAAAAUGUCCACAAAUCUGUGCUAACAGUCCUCAGCGACUGGCAGUGCAGCCUCAACACAGAGAAGAAAAAGAACAAGAAAGACAACAUCUCCCUGAUACAGGACAAGAUGAGGCGUUCACUAUUCACAUGAGUAGUCAUAGUCUUGAUCAGAUUCACUCAGAUCAAACUUCACAGCUUCAGGAAGUUCCUGAGAGAAACAAAGUGUUGUCAUCCAGAGACGAACAACUGCAAACAUUCGGCCCCAGAACUGCUGUGUCUGAUGACGCAGAGAGUGUGAGUAUGUUUGACAUGAGGUGUGAAGAUGAAGCUGUGAUGCAGCCUCACAGCAAGGCUCGCCAUGAAAAGCUACAGCAUAUUCACAACCAACUGAAAGAGGAUGAGGAUAGAUGGCAAGAUGAUCUGGCACGGUGGAAAAGUCGGAGAAGAAGCGCUUCACAGGACCUAAUUAAAAAAGAAGCAGAGAGAAAGAAGAUGGAAAGGUUAUUGAGUGGCGGUGAUGGAACAAGUGAGCGAAGGAAAAGUAUCAAGACUUACAGAGAAAUUGUGGAGGAGAAAGAGAGAAGAGAAAAGGAGCUGCACGAAGCCUACAAGAAUGCCAAGUCACGUGAGGAAGCGGAGAGCAUUCUCCAACAAUACAUUGAAAGGUUCACCAUUAGCGAAGCUGUCCUUGAACAUUUAGAGAUGCCAAAAAUUCUGGAAAGAAGCCAUUCAGUGGAGCCAAAUUCAUCAUCACCACCGAAGGACCCAAAUCCUAUGAGAUACUUACGGCAACAAUCGCUGCCUCCUCCAAAAUACACUGCCACUAUUGAAGCAACCAUUGUUCCCAUCAGUGAAUCAGAAGCCACUGUUUCAACAGGCCAGACAUCUCCAAGCAAAACUGUUGUCUCCAAGGCUGUGCCUGUGCUGACACCCAAGCCUUAUGCACAACCCAAAAACACGCAGCAGGUCUUGAAAACAUUUAAGGUAGAUGGAAAAGUCAGCAUGAAUGGCGAAACUUUCAAUGGACUUGAAGAGAAGGAUAAAGAAUGUACAACAGUGAUAUUUGCUCCUUUACUAAGAAGAUCUCCAAAGUUUGAAGGGGUGGCCAGAGUGGAUGAAUCCCUGGUGGAAUUGAAACAGGACACCACUAGCGUUGAGCUCAGUUUAAAGAGGCCUGCCACUCACACUGUGCACAGAGAGCUGACAGCCUCCUUCACUGAAGACAUUAAACCAGCCAACCAAAAAGAUGAAACUGAUUCUGGAAGGCCAGAAAUGAUGAAUUCAGGGUUUGCUUCACCAGCUGCAGAACAGAAACAAUUCAAGACAACUGUUACUUGUGCCCACCCUGUUGUGCCCAGCAUGGAGUUCCCUCCUAGCACCCAUUCUGAAGAAGCAGCUUCAAAAGAUAAAGAUCUGAAGAAACCCGAGACAGAACAACAGAAGGAAGCAGAGGUCCUAGUUACAGAGAAGGUAGUGAAGUCAAAGGCUCCAGAACAAGAAGGGAGUAUAUUUCCAUUUUUGAAGAAAGUACCUGAGACCAGCCAAGUUAUUCUGCAGAACUCUGCUCAACAAGCGGAUUCUGAUAAUAGUGACAAGUCAAAUCGUUUCAGUUUCUGGUCCUGGGAUCCGGAAGAGGAACGAAAGCGACAGGAAAGAUGGCAGCAUGAACAGGAACGCUUGCUUCAGGAGAGGUACCAGAAGGAGCAGAACAAGCUGAAAGAAGAAUGGGAAAAAGCACAGAAAGAAGUUGAAGAGGAGGAGCGUAGAUACUGUGAGGAGGAGCGCAAGAUAAUUGAGGAUACUGUAGUUCCAUUCACGGUUUCUUCAAGCUCUGCUGAACCCCUCUCCACUUCUUCCUCUGUCAGUGAAGGAAAUGGGAUAAUGACUAUGAUGGAACUGAGCAAUUCUCAUGAGGAAGAGAAACAAAAGGAAAUUAAAAGAGAGAAGAAAUUACCCUGGGAGCAGGAGAGUGCAUCAUUAGCCAAAAACAAGAGAAGUGAACCAUGCCUGGAAAAGAAAAGCAGUGUAAAUAAAGUGCCCACAGAACAUCCAGAGACUAUUCUUCAGACGGAAAGUGAGCAGGAUCACCAGGUGUCAGUUGCGGAGCGCAGCUCACCAGUCAUACUGAAUCUACCAUUGACUCAGGAUGUGUCGUGGAGUCAACAGUUGUUAACGAAACAGUCACCACACAUUUCAGAAGAAGUUAGACAGAAAACAUCUCUGGAUCAGAGCAUAGGCCAGCAGGAUAAUUCCCCAGGUGAAAGGAGAAGGACAGGCUAUCAUGAGAAUUUCAGGCCUGGGCUGUCAUCUCCAUGUUCUCCUACACCUCAAAACCACUCACCCAACAGAUAUCAAAGGUCUGUCAGUGGAAAGAAACUAUGUUCUGCCUGUCGGCUUCCUCUUGGAAAAGGAGCUGCCAUGAUUAUUGAAACACUCGGUCUAUAUUUUCACAUUCAUUGCUUCAGGUGUGGAAUUUGCAAGGGACAGCUUGGAGAUGCAGCAAGUGGAACUGAUGUCAGGAUUAGAAAUGGUCUUCUCAACUGCAAUGAUUGUUACAUCAGAUCCAGAACUGCUGGGCAGCCAACAACCUUGUGACAGGAAUUUCAGUCCUAAAAACUUGCUGCAAGAAGGAGCUUCCCCAUCAUGUCCCUGGGGCUGCUUCCAGACAAUCACUUGUAAGAGCUCAUAUCCAUGGACUUCAUAGCUCCCAUCUCAUUUUGAAAUGCUCACAUAAAAGGCUGCAUCUGCUACUUUAAAGCGCAGUAUCAUUUUUCCCUUUCUUAAUGAAUUUGCAUAAUAUGUAUGAAGAACAUUUGGUAAUUCGUAUCUGAAAUAUUAAAAAAGAGAAUUUCCAUGUUUUCCGAUAUGUUUAUGAUUUAAAAUCUGUCAUUUUGGUCUUUUCAAAGCCAGAAAAGAUUCUAUAAAUCUAUUUUGUUUUAAUACUUCUAGGAAUUAAAAUAAGUUUACAGAAUGUUUAUGGAAGUUCUAGAAUAUGUCAAUUCGAGAUGAGAUGAUUUAAAGAUAGCAUCAAAUUAGUGCAUUUGCAAAACUAAACAUCAUGUGACUUUUCUGUUAUUACUGAAACUAUUAACUUUUUUACACAAAGACACUAGUUUAAUAAUACAUACUGUAAUUCUGAAACAUUUUGUUUUAUAUUAUCUUCAGUGGAGGGUAGGAGUUAUACAAAUAAAUUAUUGCACCUUUAGCAUUAGGAUUUUUUUUCAAUAUGUGUAUACAUCAAGUAAUGGUCAACACUAUAGUUUAAUAGUCUAUCAAAUAAAGAUUUCUUCAUUAACCUUGAAAGAGUGUAUGCCAUUAGCAAUUGCAAAAAUCCACACUAGGAUAAUAAAGAGGAAAUCUUUUCUUAACAUGUACAGAAUUAUACAAUACUACCAAAUUCUUGGGGGGCUGACGUGGAUGAAGCUGAAUCUACCAGAGGUGGGUUGGUGGUUGUUGGUACAGCUAAACGGAUCUACUGGCUUGUAAUUUUCUCAUGGCCAGUAGAGUUGUUACAAAUGAAUUAGCAGAUCUUAUGAAUCUGAUAUCUUAAUGAGAUUCUAUGUAGUAGAAAUACAUUUACAAACCAGACGGGUUGAUUUGGUUCCCAUAAAGGGUCAAUAUAAUUAGAAUGUGUCAAACUAUAAACAGCUGUGAUUCAGUGCGGUACAUCAGUGGUCCUGAACCUGUGUUCCUUGUAUAUACAACUCUCAUUGCAGUCAGUGGGAUUUGUGAGUGUAUAAAGAAUGCAGGAUGAGGUCCAAUCUGUCACACUUUACAAAAAAAACCCAACAAAACUAUUAAGCGCAUUUGGGUCAGUUGCACUCUGUGCAUUAUCAUAAAUAUAUUCUACUAUUAGUGCAUACCAGUAGCUCCCUGAAAUAGAAACUGAAGCUGUGGGUGUAUAGAUCAAGAAUAUACCCUAAAAUUUAGCUCACACAUUACAGUUGUAAAAUAUUACAGUACUGAUUUCUAACUGUAUUACAUGGCGAAUUUUAGCAGGCUGAUAAAGGAGAAGUUAUUCAAAAAAUCACACUUAGCAACUUAAGAUGUGAUUUAAAAUGAAAAAAAAAUCUAUUUAUUCUACCUUAAAACCAUGGUCAACUAAAUUAAGAGAUUCCUUAUUGUAUGUGACAGAAUAUGUACACAUCCAUUGUCUUUUGAUGUUGGUAAAAGGAAAUAAAGUGGAUAUUAGGUAAGCAAUAAUUUUUUCUAAGUGUUUAUAUUGAUAGCAUCUAUUUAUUUAAAAUGCUAGACAGUUCUUUGCGUGCAAGUUGCAUGCUCAUGCAGAAAUACUUUGUCACUGAAAACAUUUGUACAAUGUUGUAAUUUUAAGACGUUGCUGUCUAAUAGAAAGUUACACAUUAUUUCAUUAAAACUGUGCCUUAGAAAAUG